CCGCCUCGUUUCUUCGGGACCACAAAUCGCCAACUUUUUCUCUUCUAUUUCGACGAAAAGCGAUUUUCACCACAGAGCUUCGUCAACACAGUCAGCGUAACAUCACCCAUCAACCAACUAGUUAACUACAUCGAUCGUAGUCUACCACCUCCCAACGAGUGCUCUUGGAGUACCAUUGGAUUUCGCGUCUUCAUCCAAAGGGAAGGCAAGGGUGUGAGAGGCAAGCACCGAAGACUCUUUUGGCAUUGGCGUCUGAAUUCCUGCGAUAGUUUGUUUGUCCAAAAGAAUAUUCAGCAAUGAUGCGCGACAGAAGUCCACCGACUAUUGUGGUCGAUGAAAAUCUAUUUACGGGAGGGGUCACUCACGUCUCUCCUCGCAGAAGUGGUCGACCACCCACAUACAAUCGACGCAGUCCAAGUCGAACUCCCGUCCGAGCAAACUCCAACCGUGACCCUCCAAUUACCAUCAAUACGAGUCGCGUCACCCCCAAAACAAUCAGCAACAGCAGUCCUUUCGCUUUCACUCCUCCUAAGAGUGCCUAUACAUCCCAAAGUCCUUACACUUCUCCUCCCAAGCAGCCAAGUCCAGCGGCAGCACUUUCCUCGUCUUCCACCCUCCGCAACAUCACGGCUGAAGCUGAAAAUGUCGUCGUCUAUCGUCAUCAGCAACAACAACGACAUUUGUCUUCCGCUGCUUCGCAAUCGCCCUCCAUCCUGUCGCAGGGAAGCAAUGGAGAGGGUGCUGGAUACUUACCCGUCGGGUCAGCGCGUCGUGACAGCUAUGCGAGCGACGAAAAGUUAGUAACGCGACUCUACGGGCAAAUCGAAACACAAGAAGGCGAGUUCAACCGAUUGACAGCAGAGUAUCGAGAAGCUCUCAGAAACCAAAAGGAAGAAGUCAAACAGAGAGAACGACUCGAAAAGGAGUUGGAAGAAGCACGAGAAGAACUCGAAAUGAGCAAAAAGCGAUAUACCAACUUCAAAAAGCAAGAGCGGGAUUUGAUGCGCAAAUCCGAGCUCGACCAGAAAGAACGAAUGCGCGAAGAAGGCAGUCGAUGGGAUUAUACCAUGGAAGAGCUAGUCACGCUCCGACGAGACCUCAGUGCCAAGAACCAAAAAUUGGUCGAAUUCGAAUUCAUGUGUUUGAAUCUACAGCAGACACUCGACAAUGAAAGGAGCAAGAAACAGGUGGAAUUGGUGGAUGCGGAGAAACGCAUUGCUCGGAGCUCCGAAACACUGCAGACCGCUCAUGCCCAAGUCUCGCGGGCGGACAAGCAGUUGAAGAAGGAAAAGAAAAUGAAACAAAUCUUGAUCAAAAUCAACGAAGCGCUGCAAAAAGAAGUCAAGAGAGUUCAGGAAGAGUUGCAAAAGGCCAAUAAGACGAUACGGGAACAAAAAGAACAACAAAAAGAACAGCAACAUCAGCAGCAUCAGCAGCAACAACAACAUCAAGCCGAGUUGGCAUCGGCCCCAUCGAUGCAUCAAUCCAAAAGCGGCGAGUCAUCCUUUGUGCGGCAAAACCACAGCAACGAGAUUUUCACGAGUCAAAUCAUGCAGGAUCUGCAAAUCGAGGAUGCCUUGUUCUACUUUGAAGAAGUUAAGAAAGAAUACGAAGAUCGACCCAAGGUGUACCGGGUCUUCCUGGAGAUUAUUCGAGAUUACAAGAGUCGCAACCUGUCGACACCCGAGGUCAUUGCUAAAAUCAGUAAGCUAUUUCAAGGGAAUAGCAAACUCAUUAUUGGAUUCAAUCGCUUCCUUCCCAACGACUAUCAUAUCACAGAAGAGGACGUCUCGGACAUGGAGAGCUACAAUGGAGAUCAUGUGCACGAACGAUACCAAGUGCCAAGUGUCGCGAGUAAGGAACCAAAGAAAAGCAAGGAAGACGAGGAACAAUCUCAAAGCAGCAACGAGAGUGAAGUUCAAGGUGUCAUCGUGGUGGGUAGCAGGGUUGAUGGACCAGCAGCAGACCAGGCUAAAGCUCAGCAAAAUGUUGUGGUAGGUACAGUCUGGCAAAAGCCCAAAGACAAAGUAGCAGGCUGGGUGGGCGGCAAGAACAUGGGCAAGAAAGUGGAACAGACCAAGACUGUUGACAGUCAGAAUACAACUGUAGCAGCGGCGACAAAGGGCAGAUCCAAAGGCGAAGGCAAGUCGGUCGUGGCGAGAUCCAAUACAAAUGUAUCGGGACCGCCCAAGGGAAGAUCCCGAGGCGAAGACAAGUCAGCGGUGGCGAGAUCCAAUGCAACUGAUGCACCAGCUCCAAAGGGCAAAUCCAGAGGCGAAGACAAAUCGGUGGCAAGAUCCACCAAGAGCGGCAAGAGCGGCAAGAACAGCAAGAAUAGCAAGGGCGACAAGAAUGGACUCAAAGCAACAGCCAACGCCACGAGGGCCAAGGAGGAACACAACAAAAGCCCCCCAAAACGCCAUCCUUCAGGCCUUGGUCCGUCACUUGUAGACUCGUCGAGUGGUAGCUCAGAAUCGAUCGAGGUAUCCGCAUCAGUAGUAUCGGGUAGCAAACCCAACGCAUCAUCCAACAACAACGUUUUGUUGACAAUCAGCACUUCAUCCUCCCUUGACGAGAACGCCGCAAGACCGCCCGUGAAAAAGCUACCCGCCGACUUUCAAGACGAAGAUGAGGACGCGGAUGACGAGGGUGGAGACACGACGACUGUCCUUAAUUCCGAGACGGACAAUGCUUCCAGUACUACGCCCGUCUCCGCAGCUGGAGCCGAUGUCGCUUCGCCCAGAAUGGACUUGGGGGUGUUAUCCUCGGUGACAUCGUCCCAUGUGUUUGGCGGCAUUGAAAGUGUCGGAGACUCGUUUGGAGUGGGGAUUCUGUCCGUGGAUCAGUCCACCCUCUUCAUGCCCAGCGAUCGAUACGAUGUUGUGGAGGACUGCGAAUACAAUGCCAUUGAACUUGUGGCCGAUCCCCACGGUGGGAGCAGGGGCAAGUCAGAGGGCGGUAGCAGCAGCAAACUUGUUGCAAGCAGCCUUUCGUCGCUCGAUUUUUACGGCUGGAAUGUGUAACGCACGACCCAGCUGGCGGCACGGAAAGGUGUGGUUCCGUGCACCACGAGACACACAACUCAUAGUAUCAUAUUUUGAUUGCAAGCCAACCUAGUAUAUCUGUAGCUAAUGUACUCAAAUAAUAAUAGAGAAGCUGCAUGGAGU